AUGCUGGGCUUUCGCGUCAAGUACAACACCAGACACGCCAGACGACCCGUCCGAACGAGUUCGGAAUUUGUUGCGAACGCUCGGAGAUGUCUACAAACAGUUCUGUGUGAGGAACCCUUCAAGGUCCUUUUCCUUGGUCGCGAUGAAUUCUCUUGUCUUGUUCUAGAGCAGUUACACAAGGCGAAAGACGUAUGGCAAGAGUUAGAAAUUGUCACCCAGCCAGAUGAAAAAGUUGGCCGUCGUGGAUCGCAGCUAUCUGUCUCACCCUUGAAGGUACUCGGUCAAGAACUCGACCUGUCAAUUCAUACCAUCCCACACAAGCGAACCGACUUCAAGCACUGGCAGGUUAGUACCCUUUCGCAGGAUUGGUUGCUUACGUAUCAGCCUCCAGCUCCCUUUCUCAACCCGCAUCCCUCCCACCUGAUUGUGACGGCAUCCUUUGGGCGGAUUCUCCCGAAGUCUUUACUCGGUCUCUUCUGUCCCUCCAGAAGACUUAACGUCCACCCGUCACUACUACCCUUGUACCGCGGUGCCGCGCCAAUACAACACACCCUGAUGGAUGGACGACGAGAGACAGGUGUCUGUGUGAUUGAGAUGAUGGAGAAGAGUAAAGGUAUUGAUGCCGGGGAGAUAUGGGGGCGGCGAGAGAUGUCUGUACCGGAGGAUGCGACUUUCUCCUCGCUCCGAGAUACUCUGGCUCGCCAAGGUGGGGAUCUGCUGGUCUCAGUCUUGCGUGACAUGCUGUCUGGCACGGCCGUCGCUAGGCCUCAACCUCUCCUCACCUCCGACUCUGGCAUCCCCAGAGCGCCGAUGAUCACCCUCGAAGACGCUAUUGUCGAUUUUACAACUAUGACAGCUCAGGGUGUCAAACCCCUCACGACGUACUUACCUAACUCGAAGACGCUGCAGCUCCAUGCUCUGUCUAUACAUCCACCCCCACAAGUGCCUUCCACGUUACCAUCGGAAGCGGGGGCAGCUAUAUACGAUUCUCACUCGCGGUCUAUCUUAAUCCGGUGUGCGGGCGAUACUGUACUCAGUACCGGCAAGGUGAAGCAGCAGGACCGUGUCAUGCUGGACGCGAAGGAGUGGUGGAAUGGGUGGAAGAGCUUCUGUGGGGGUGAGUGGCGCGGUUACGUCGUCUUUCAACGAGGACCGUGA